AGUGUACAAAGAAGCUAUGAAUUCUGACUGUUGUCUAUGUCUCUUGUUGAGUUAAAGUAAAGUUUUUUUUUUUCUUUUUUAUUUAGUUGGGAUUAAAGGAUCCUAUUUAAACGAGCCAUUUUUUUUUUUUUAUGAGUUUACUAAUACUCUAGAUACUUGUCUAAAGGAUGAUACAAUGAGGAACUAAAGGGCACAAUUGAUGAAUUUAUUUUGGGUUCUGGAAGUUGAUCUGAGAGGUUUAAUUUGAUGAAAUUUUGCCUUAGAGAUUGAGAUAUAUCUCAUAACCCUGUAAUCCAUGAAUUUGUUUCAGUCCAUAGGCUCAACAUAUUGGGUGAGUUGGGUGGAACUCCAGAUUUCAUGAAGUACCCCCCAAAGGAGCAAUUAGUUGAAAAGUAUUUCCAUCCAGAUAACCUGUCCUCAGCUGAAAAAAUGAAAAUUGAGCUCACUAAAGUUAGAGAUGAAUUUAAGAUGUCAGAGUCAGAUUGUGGAUCUGCACGUGUUCAAGUGGCACAGCUUACAACAAAGAUCAAGCAUCUAGCCUCAGUUCUGCACAAGAAGGAUAAGCAUUCUAGGAAGGGUCUGCAAGCAAUGGUGCAGAAGCGGAAGAAGUUAUUGAAGUAUCUCCGAAGAACAGACUGGGAUUCCUAUUGCUUUGUUCUCGGAAGGCUUGGUCUGCGAGAUAACCCAGAUUACAAGCACUAGACUACAAAUGAGCAUGAUAGAGGUCAAAAUUCUUCUCAGAGCCUGACUACACAACAAUGUAACAUCUCAUUUUACUUUCUUGAACUUGAAUGUGCCCUUCGAUGCAGAAUUUUUGACUUUUAUUUCGUAGAAAGUGAAAUUGUAACAUCUCAUUUUCCUUUUAAAGGAUGGCCACGUGCAUGUCCCUUGUAGGAAAUGAUUUUGCGGCUGCUUGUGUUUAAAUUAGCAGCUAAAGAACCCUAGAUUGCUCAAAGAAAUGUUUUUUUGUAUUUAUUUUACUCUUCACCAAUAAAGCAACAUUUCAUCC